AUGCGCUCCUUUAUCCUCGCCACCACCGUCGGCGCGGCUGCCGUCCAAGCCGUCGCCAUCGCCAACACCCUCGCCACCGCGGACGACAACCGGGCCGUCGAACUCCCCGGCCUGCUGCGCUUCCCCGUGUCCACCACCGAGCGCAGCAGCGCCCAGCCGGCGCGCCGCCAGGCCUCGACCGACCUGAUCAACCAGGAGUCGGGCUCGCAGUACCUCAUCAGCCUCAGCAUGGGCACGCCGGCGCAGGCCGUGCAGGUCGCGUUCGACACGGGCUCCAGCGAGCUGUGGGUGAACCCCGACUGCAGCACGUCGGGCGAGGCCGACCUCUGCCGCGGCCUCGGCCGCUUCGUGCCGGGCGCGUCCACCGUCAGCCUCGGCAAGAAGGGCGGCGUCACGUACGGCAAGGGCCAGGUCAAGUUCGACUACGUGCAGGACACGGUCGGCCUCGGCAGCGCCACCAUCAGCAACCAGACGUUUGGCGCCGCGUACGCGAGCAGCGACCUCGGCGAGGGCAUCCUCGGCGCCGGCCCGGACCUCGCAGGCUUCGACGCCGCGCCGUACCCGCUCGUCGUCGACUCGCUCGCCCGCCAGGGCGUCAUCAACGCGCGCGCCUUCUCCGUCGACCUGCGCUCCGUGGACAGCGCCCGCGGCGCUGUCAUCUUCGGCGGCGCCGACACCAAGAAGUUUGCCGGCACGCUCACCAAGUGCCCGAUUGUGGUGCCCGGCCCGGACGGCGACGUCCGCUACUGGAUCACCAUGGACGGGCUGACGGUCAACGCGCCCGACGGGACGGCGCAGCAGGGCCUGGCCGCCGGCGCCAGCCUGGCCAUCUUCCCCGACACGGGCGCGACGCUCGGCCACCUGCCGGCGGCGAUUGUCGACGCCGUGGCCACGGGCUUUCCCGGCGCCAGCUUCGACGCGCGCCGCAACCAGCACACGGUGCCGUGCGCGCUGCGCAAGGAGAACAAGACGGUGGACUUUAAGUUUGGCGCCGCCGUCGUCAAGGUGUCCUUUGGCGACUUCAUCUGGCAGGCCGGCACGAACCUCUGCGUGCUCGGCGUCGUGCCCAGCGCGGCUAGCAGCAAGACGUGGUCGCUGGGCGACUCGUUCCUGCGCGCGGCGUACGCCGUCUUUGACCAGGACAACAAGAACGUGUGGCUUGCGCAGAGCGCUGAUUGCGGCACGAACCUGGUUGCUUUUGGAAAGGGUGCUGAUGCGGUCAAGCCUCUUCAGGGCGAAUGCGGCCAGUCUGCCGGGACCAGCUCCUCCACGACUACCUCUCCCGCCGCCACGUCCAGCAGCGCCCAGACUUCCUCUGCUCCCACCACCGUAUCUUCUUCGUUGACCGCCUCUAGCAGCAGCCAGACUUCGUCGGUUACUACCUCUAGCAAGAGCCAGACAUCAGCUACCUCUAGCAGAAGCCAGACUUCAGCUACCCCUAGCAGGAACCCGACUUCUUCGAUCACCACGAGCACUGUCCGCAGCGUGACCUCGUCCAGCAGCAGCCAGGCCGCUAAUCUCCCCGCCUCUUCCGUUUCCAUCGUCACCGGUAUCCCGACCUCCUCGGUCCCUACCAGCACCCGUGUCCCCCCCUCUUCUGUUCCCGGUGGCACUGGUAUCCCAAGCUCCUCGAUCCGCACCCGCAUCGGUACUUCUACCUCGUCCAUCUCCACUGGCACUGGUCAACCUACCUCGUCCAAGCCCACCAGCACCGGAGUCUCCAACUCCUCCGUCUGCAACGGCAGCGCCAUUACUACCUCCAGCGCCGUCCACCCCACCGGCACCGGCAGCACCAGCAGCACGCACUUGCGCAACGCGACUUCCGCCGUUACCGCCGCGCCGACCUACACGUUCACCUAUCUCACUGCCAGCACCUACACCAUCACCUCGUGCCCGCCCGUCGUCACCAACUGCCCCGUUGGCCGCGUCACCUUCGAGCUCGUCACGACCUACACCACCUGGUGCCCCGACGAGUUGGCCACCCCCACUGGUUCCGCGGGUUCUGAUGAAGGGUGGUGGAUGGAAGAUAGGUAG